GCCCCUAGUGACCACCCUGCCUCUGGCCCCAUUGAUUACGAGGACACCAAAGCCCAUCACCGGGCCACGAUGUCUGAACCCCUAACCCUACAAGGGGAUGCAGUGGCCCCUCUAGAGCAGCUGGACUCAGAGGAGUUCCACUCGCUCCUAGACGCCACCAUGUCACGGUCAGUCACCCAAGCUAUUUAUUCUGCAAUGGGGGCUAUGUCUGACAACCUCUCUCACUCCAUUACCAAUGCCAUCAUGGCAUCCACCACCAAUAUGCCCCGCGCUAGAGCCACGGCAGAUGGGUCAGUACGCAGGGAAGGCCGGAAGGCCAUAAGCAAAACCCACAAUGUGCAAAUUCCUACCUCCAAAAAGAAAUUGAUGGACAGGGUACGUCCUGUCACCACUGAGGUCGUGGGGCCCCCACAAAAGAGAGCCACCCGCCGGGAAAAAGCAGUGCGGACAUGGAAGAGGGCAAAAGCCCUUACGGACUCUUCCGACUCUGGUUCGGAUGUAGAGGAGGUCUUGAAUGAGUCUGACGAGAUUGACUCAAACGAAUGA